CAGGAAGAUGGUCCAAGGUCACGUAUUCACCAACUCUUCCACUACAUCAGCUCCGUAUGUGCAAUCUGGUCCCAGUCCGUCGCAUUCAACAUCUUUUUUACAUUGGUCAUCAUCACCAAUGCAAUCUUCAUGGGAAUUCAACUGGAGUGGAGCGUUGCAAACAUGGACAUGUCAGUGAGAACAUCAUUUCUGUUGAUCAGUUCCAUAUACGCCCUGCUCUUCUCAGUGGAGAUGUUCAUCCGCAUAUGUGCGGUUGGCCCCCUGUCCUACUUCUGCAGCUCAGGUUGCGGGUGGAAUUGGUUGGAUGUUUUGGUGGUGGUUCCUGCCUGGGUUGAAUUGGCGAUCUCAUUGGGCGCUUUUGAUUUCGGCGGUGGAGGCUCGGCCUCGCAAUUUCGCAUCAUUCGGAUCUUCAAGGUGACAAGGCUGCUUCAAGUAGUUCGUUCUAUCCGACUGGUGCGCUUUCUAAGCGCUUUGCGUGCUCUGGUGCUCUCAGUAGUUGAUACCACCCGGCAAUUGUUGUGGGCUUUGAUCCUGCUGGGUCUAGUUCAAUAUUCAUUUGGCAUUAUGUUCACAGACGCGGUCCUCGACUACCAACUUGAACAUGGUGAAGAUCGCGUUCUGAAGCAAUACUUCGGGACAGUGUAUGCAUCCGUCAGCACGCUGUUCAGGGCGAUUUUGGGUGGCAUUGAUUGGGAGUUGGCCGCAGAUGCAUUGGAAGCAGUGGGAAUGGUCUGGGUGCAACUCUUCCAUGCUUACAUCGCUUUUUGCGGAUUUGCGGUGUUGAACGUGAUGACUGGGGUUUUUGUCAAUUCAGCCAUCAAGACACGUGAGCGGGACCAUGAAACUUUGAUCCAGAACAAGCAAAAGUUCACCGACCUCGUCCAGAAGAUAUGGAAGAAGAUGGACACAACCGGUUUGGGGGAGAUCACCAUUAUCGAAUUUGAGCGCAUGUUCGAGGACGAAGAAAUGAAGGCGUUUUUCCAGUCCAUCGAAAUCAAUGCCGUUGAUGCGUGGACUUUGUUUGACAGUCUAGAUGUAAAUGGUGAUCAUACCAUUAGCGUGGAGGAGUUCUCCGAGCGGUGCAUGCAACUUCAUGGGCCUGCACGCUCUGUCGACCUGUAUGCUCUGAAAAAGGAACUCCGCAUGUUGGAGGAGAAUACGUCCUCGAUGAAUCAGCAACUUACAGAGGUUUUAGACCAUUACCUUGGUCGUUUCACGCGAAAGAGGCCUGAGAAAGAUAAAGCAAAGCUCUUGUCUGACGAAGAUGACUCAGGGAUCUUUCCAACCUAACAGCACCAGUCGCAGCAGGUGGGACACGGCACUUGCAGGAACCACUGAUGUGGCUGCCAUUGUGGGGCG